UUACAAUUCGAACAAUUUGAAUCCGUCUGCUAUCAUAUGGAAACGGUUCACCAUCGUCUGAUAUGGACGAGAACUGUCAAAAACAAAAUUCAAGCAUGGUAUUUUUCGACCAAAAGUCAAUCACAAGUCAGAGAUUAGACGAAAAAAAAUUCCAGUGUAUGAGGCACUCUGGAACCGGUAAAUUAGAAUUAAACGUUGAAUAAAUAAAUUGAGUCGUAAAUAAAUAGUGUUAAAUAUGAGUCUUACAAUUGAUCAACAACGGCAACGUGUCGAACAAGAAAUGACCCGGAUGGUCGAUGACUUGGAUCGCUCCACAUUACGAAAGAUGCAGGGUGAAAUGCAUUUGUGUGCGGCCAAAUGUUGUGACGAUAAAAACGGUAGCAUUGACGCGGUGCAGGGAUGCAUAGAACGGUGUUCGGCACCAGUCAAUCGUGCACAGCAAUACGUACAGAAGGAGCUUGGCGAGUAUCAAGGACGUUUGCAACGCUGUGUCAUGCAAUGCAACGAUGACAUCAAAUUAGAAAUGCCACCAAAUCCAACCGAAGAUGAAAUCUCCAAAUACACAAACAAAUUCGAACGAUGUGCCGUAUCGUGUGUGGACAAAAAUAUCGAACUGUUGCCCAAACUCUUCAAAACAAUUAAGACUGUUCUUGCAAAGGGACCACCAAAUUUACCAAAUUAAUUUUGCUAUAGAUUCCAAUUUAUUGCUGAAGAUUGCAGCAAACAAAUAUUGUAAUGACUAAAUAGACUAGUUCAAGAUGUUAAUGAAUAAAAAUGAACAAAAUCGUUGCCAGAAAA